AUGGCGGGAGUGGCGUGCGGUCGCAGGAUGGCGCGUCGGCGAGCUCGCCGUAGCUCGGAGGGCCGCGCAAGGAAGGCCCGUGCUGCCCUCCGUCACCGCCGAGGCGCCCGUGCACGCGAAGCUCCUGGCUCGGCCAGCGGUAGCAACGCCACCGCGCACGCGCACCUGGAGAACGACACCCUAGUGCCUCGCGUCCACUGCGCCGGCGUGGUGUGGCAGGGGCGAGUGACCGGCAGGUUGCAGCAGCUCGAAUGCAACGCAAGAAGCAAGAAGCCAACGCAAUCUGAAGUGAAACCUGCAGCAGGGAAUAGGGAUCAGACAAUCAGUCGUGGCGACGGCAAGAGAUCCCGCACCUCUCCAUCGUUCUAG